AACAAAGAUGGCGGCGCAGCUCGGAUCUUCCUGGAGCUUGUUUGGAUAAUCAGGCUUUAGAAUGAAGACGACCUCCGGGGACUAGUCGGGCCCGGGCGGUGAGGAGGAUCCCCGCCGGCUGGAUCGAGCUGUCCCCGGGGAGAAGCAGGGACAUGAGCGGCUGGGCCGGCUUCUCCGAGGCGGAGCUGCGGAGGAUGCAGCUGGAAGAAUCAGCCGGACCCCCAGGGGCCUCCCGCGGGCGGAAGCCGGCUCCAGCCAACCGGACCCGGCAGCAGUUACUGCGGGAGAGAGCCCUCCACCAAGCCGCUGAGAGAGCCGGAGGAGCCGGGAGCCCUGCGCUUCCCCCGGGGCAGCAACUCACCAAGCCGCCGCCGAGAGAAGAGCCAGCGGCCGUGGCUCCAGCUCCGGUUCCGGCCCAGGCCCCUAGAGGAGGUCCGGCUCCAGCAGGAGCUCCAGCUCCGGCCCAGGCCCCUAGAGGAGGUCCGGCUCCAGCAGGAGGUCCAGCUCCGGCCCAGGCCCCUAGAGGAGGUCCGGCUCCAGCAGGAGGUCCGGCCCAGGCCCCUAGAGGAGGUCCGGCCCCAGCAGGAGGUCCAGCUCCGGCUCCGGCUGUCAGACUAGAAGCGAAGCCCGGCGAGGGGACGCAGGGUGAAAACCUUCUGCCGGCCGCAGAUGUUCUAACCCCGGUUGUGAAAGAGCUGGAGAAACAAGAGGUGGAAAUACGGGAGAAGACGCGUCUGGAGACUCUGCAGCAGGAGCAGAAAGUCAUGGAGGAGGAGAACAAACGCAAGAAAGCUCUGCUGUCCAAGACCAUAGCUGAGAAGUCCAAGCAGACGCAGGCGGAGGCUGUGAAGCUGAAGAGGAUCCAGAAGGAGCUGCAGGCCCUGGACGACAUGGUGUCCAACGACAUCGGCAUCCUGAGGGAGAAGAUAGAACACGCCAGCUGGGGCUACAGCGCCGCCAGGAAGCGUUUCGAGAAGGCCGAGGCCGAGUACGUGACGGCCAAGCUGGACCUGCACAGGAAGACGGAGGCGAAGGAGCAGAUGACGGAGCAUCUCUGUGCCAUCAUCCAGCAGAACGAGCUGAGGAAGGCCCACAAGCUGGAGGAGCUGAUGCAGCAGCUGCAGCUCCAGGCUCCCGAGGAGGUGCUGGAGAAGCUGAGAGAGGAGGAGGAGGAGGAGGAGAAGGAGAGGAGGAGAAGCUGUGAGGAGAUGCAGAGAAACGGCUUAGUGUCGAACCAGGAGGGAGCCGUGCAAUCAGCUGAAGUCUCUAAACCGACCGAGGACGAGAGUGUGAGGGAGGAGAGCGGGGGGGACGUGAGAACAAAGACUGAGCAGGACUGUGACACGUUGGAGAACGGCGUCCCGAGCGAGGCGGUGGCGUCCUGAUGAUCACAGUGUGUCACCUCCUCUGUGGAACAUCUGGACCCGAUCACACGUCCUCCUCUGUGGGAUCCGAAUGAACCUGAGUGAGUCAGUGAGAGUCACAGCUUGAUGCAGGUUCUGCUGAACCGUUUGUCUCCGUCUGGCAUCAAACCUCAAGUCAUCGACUGCAGUGACUCUUCAUCCAGACCGGUUCCUCUACUAACAGGCUCCGCCUCCAGAGGAUCAGCUGCCGUCUGGUCCUGGUCCCGGUUCAGCUGAUCACCUCAUCGGUCACAGUCUCACAAUCAAACCAAGACGAGCAGCUCUGUCUCAAUCUGAACCGAGAACAUGAAAACAUCAAGUAAACUUCAGCUGCUGCGAAAACCUUCUGUAGGAAAACAAAUGAAAUGUGUUUUCAGCAGGAAUUUUCCACACAAGUGUCGUAUGACAACAUUUAAAUAUAAAAAAAAAACCUCUUCAGCAACAGAAAUGUCCCUUCAGUUGAUUCUGGAUCCGAACCAACAGUUCUCUGAGCGUAGUCACCACACCGGUGAUAUCCUGGGACCUCGGUAUCAGGUUAAUAAUGUUUAAGGUGUAAAGGUUUGACCACUGAGACACUUUAUGAAGAGAGAAACCUGACGGUUGAGUCUCCUGCACACGAGAGGAAGAACUCUCUGAUUCUGAGCUCGGGGAAAAAAGAAUGAAUCCAUGUGACUUUCUGUUUUAAAUUCAUUUACUCGAGGCGGGGUUUAUCUGAUGUCUGAUUUCAGAAUUUUAAUCAAUUGUUUGAAUUUAUUUGAUGAUUUCAAGAGACACAUUUAACUUUACAUAAAAACAAAAUGCCCGGCGAUGAUUCUCUACAACUACUCACAAGAUGAUUAUAGAAAACUAGACUGAGAAGAAUGAGAACGCGCGAACAGAAAUAUCAACUGUACAAAUCCUAAGAUCACUCCAGGCUGCUUGUAUGUAUUUGAUAUCUGAGGACUUUGAUUUCUGUUGUGAAAAAGGUUCUUUGUGGAAAGUGAAUCUAUGAAACUCCUGGUGUUUGAAUCAGCAGCAGAUCAGAACAUGUGGUUUCACAUCAGACGUGAACUAAUCUCUGGAGAUGAGGACAGUUUGUGAUUGUGUCUCUGUGGCGAAGAGGAAACCCGGGUCCCGCUCACUUCCUGUGGGUGAGCGGGACCCGGGUUCCCUGUGUGGUGGCAGCUGAUCCUGGGUCUGCUCCUCAGAGCUGAGUCGUCCUGUCGCUGAGCAGCGGAGCUCCGAGCGGGAAGAGGAGAUCUGAAACACACGGAACAAACACAAAGAUCUGCUUCUGACUAAAGUUUCAUUAGUUUGAAUGUUUGUAGUAAAUGUUGCAAAGAAAAGUUAUUUAAAGCUGUAAUAUUUAAAAGGGGAGAGGGUUUAUUAUACACACUACUGUUUGAUAUUUUACUAAAAUAAACUAAAAGAACAUCA